CUUUGAUCAGAACUGCCGGAGACUGUCAAAGUUAAUACACUGGGUGUGAAAAGACAGUCACCAGUUUUCCUGUCAGCUUGGCAAAGAGUGGACGCAAAGGACAGGUUGUGAUGGCAGUGGCACAGGGGCCGUCCCUGGCUGCUGUGCUGCUCCUCGUUUCCUCUGGCCUCCAUUGCUCCUCUCUCCGUCCUCCCUGUCCAGAGUCCUGCAGCUGUCAGAAAGCUCCCCUGUUGAACUGUUCCUCCUCUGGCCUUUCCUUGGUGCCGCAACACAUCCAAGACUCCGUCACUGAGCUAGACUUGUCCCAUAACCUCCUUGACACUGUAAAGCUCAACCGGCCACAUCAUAACCUCAGGAGUGUAUUGCUGGGAAACAACAGUAUCACACACUUGUCCCUCUGCAUUGAGAGAAACCUUGGAAGCCGUUAUGUCAGAGGUAGACCUCCGCAUCGUUUCAGACUUUCGAGAAGACAGGGAUGUGUGUCUUGGGCUCCCACCCUGCAGCUGCUAUCUGUUGAGAGGAAUCAGCUAGAGCAACUCCCACAGGGGCUGGAAGGUAGCGAGUCCAUACAGGUUCUGCAGCUCUCCUUCAACAGGAUCUCAACUCUACGACCAGGGGAGCUUAGCCGCCUUCGACAGCUAAAAGAGCUACACCUACGACAUAACCUCAUCACAAGUCUCCAUCCACAGAUGUUCCAGGAUUUAGCCCAGCUCCGGGUCCUUGAUCUGAGCUUCAACAUGUUGACCAGCCUCCAUCCUCUGAUUUACCUUUCUCUGCGUAACAUUGGGGCGGAUGUUAGGCUGGGCGGAAACAGGUGGCAGUGUGAUUGCAGUAUGCGCAGUCUAAGAAGGUGGCUGGCCUAUGACAGCAGCAGAGGCCUGCAGUCCUGGAGCAUGGUGUGUGCUUCCCCCUCCAUCCUCUCAGGCAGAGACCUGCUACAGUUGGAGGAGGAUGACCUGAACUGUUUUGGUACUGAAAAAGGGCCAGAGCUUCACCAAGAUGUGACCGUCUACAGUGGCUCUGAGAUACUGCUGUCUUGCUCUACACAAGAUUCAGUGUGGUGGAUGCCCAGUGGUCAAGCAUCUGUGAGCCAACCUCAGGCUGGUCUGCUCAUCAGUGACAUCACAGAGAGAGACACAGGACUUUAUGUGUGUGUGUCAAAAGAACACAACGUUUUGUCUGUUUUCAGCCUUCAAAUCAGUAAAAUAGGAGGUGCAAGAAGAAAAACUAGAAGUUUACCCAGAACCAGCCGACAAAUAAUCCCACAAGACACCCCAAAUAGGAUAGGUCAAGAAAGGAAUCAGAGAGCUACGCAGCCUAACUUGCCUCUGGCUGUGUGUUUGUCUGUUUUCAUCACGUUUCUGGUAGCCUUUAUCCUAGGAGUCCUAGCAAGACCUUGUAUUGAUGUACUUUGGAGAAGGGUCACCAAGAAGAAAAGAUCUUCUGCAACCAACUCUGUCUCAUCUGUAGAACAAAGACAUUAUGAGAAUGGGGCCUACUACAAUGACGAGGAACCAGAACCAGAACAUGUGGGAACUCACAGGGAAAGGAGAGUCACAUUUAGCACUGUAGAAGACUGCAAUGUACAAUAUUAUGAUACCAUACCCAAUCUGGAAAGCAACAAUAAUGAUGCAGUGAUUGAAUGUGAAGCAUCUGAGGCUGAGAAGGAUACAAAUACAGCUGGAUAUUCAGGAAGUGAAAACAGUUCACGACGUGGUAGUCUAGAGAGGAACCAGAGAGAUGACAGGGACCUGUCAGGUGGCAUUGAAGCAGGCCGCACACACAAAAUAGAGUUUGAACACAUCCCAGACCCUGUUGAGCUGGAUAGGAGAAGAUUGUCUUCAUGCUCAGAUUCUUCAGUAUCUGAUAAAAUAUUUAAUGAAGACAAAAUGACCCGAGGAGACCACUUAUCAUCCAAGUCUCGUCAGCUGGCAGAGGACUCUGUUCAGCAGAGAGCUGAUGCCUCGACAGCUAAAAAAGUAGAGGGCACAAGAGAACUUCCUGGAUUUUCUUCAGAGCCCUUUACAGAUUGGUCACCACAUGUAAAUAACACCAACCUAACAUACUGUGAUGUGGGGCAGGAGAAUGAAGAACAGUUUGAAUUUAGCGAUUCUGUUCGAAGCACAUCCUCACGGUCCAGCAGUGUGUGUGGUUCUUUUAAUGAUUCAAAAUUCAUUGUGGCACCCACUACUGAUAAGCAGAAGACUGAUGAUACAUCCAGCUCUAUCUCAUUUGUCAGUGAGGAUGAGGUUACACAAUACAUUGUGAACUCAGACCAAGAGGAGGAGGAUAUAGAAAGGAAUGAUGCCAUAAAGCCACAAUGGCCUGCUCAAGAUCUUGGCCAUGCUACUCCCAUCAAGAGGCGUGCCCCAUUGCCACCUACUAAUUCUUCUUCUAGUGGUGAGAGUGCAAAGGAAACAAUGGACCACAUGCAAAAGCAAGGUGAGAUGCACAUGACAAUGCUUCCACUUGGAGUAUCUCAAAACGUACGUUUGGAUCAUCCACAACCGCAAUGGCCUGCCCUAGAUCUUGAGCGUACUAUACGCAUUAAGAGGCAUCUAGAUAUCAAAGCACAAUCAACUGACUCUGACUCAUCAUCUAGUAGUGACAGUGAGGGUGAAACAACACACCACACAAAGACGCCUGGGAAGGUGGACAUUGCAGGACUUCCAUUUCAAGAAUCUCAAACAGGAAGUCAUGAUCCAGACACAAGGUGGCCUGCCCUUGAUCUUAAGCAUAUUCCUCAAAUCAAGAGGCGUCUAGAUAUCAAAGCACCAUCACCUGAUUUAUCUUCUAGUAGUGACAGUGAGGAUGAAACAACAAUCCACAUUAAGAAACAGGAGCAAGGACAGAUGAACAUGGCAAGGCUUCCAAGUAAAGUAUCUCAAUCUGUAAGUUAUGACCCACAAACACACUGGCCUGUCAUUAAUCCUGAGCAUACUACACGCGUCAAGAGGCGUCUAGAUAUCAAAGCACCAUCACCAGCUUCUGAUUUAUCAUCUAGUAGUGACAGUGAGGGUGAAACAACACACCACACAGAGAGGCCUGGGAAGGUGGACAUUGCAGGACUUGUAUUUCAAGAAUCUCAAACAGGAAGUCAUGAUCCAGACACAAGGUGGCCUGCCCUUGAUCUUAAGCAAAUUCCUCAAAUCAAGAGGCGUCUUGAUAUCAAAGCACCAUCACCUGAUUUAUCUUCUAGUAGUGACAGUGAUGACGAAACAACAAUCCACAUUAAGAAACAGGAGCAAGGACAGAUGAACAUGGCAAGGCUUCCAAGUAAAGUAUCUCAAUCUGUAACAUAUAAUAACCCACAAACACACUGGCCUCUCCUUGAUCUUGAGCAUACCACGCACAUCAAGAGGCGUCUUGAUAUCAAAGCACCAUCACCAGCUUCUGAUUUAUCAUCUAGUAGUGACAGUGAUGAUGAAACAACACACCACACAGAGACGCCUGGGAAGGUGGACAUUGCAGGACUUGUAUUUCAAGAAUCUCAAACAGGAAGUCAUGAUCCAGACACAAGGUGGCCUGCCCUUGAUCUUAAGCAUAUUCCUCAAAUCAAGAGGCGUCUUGAUAUCAAAGCACCAUCACCAGCUUCUGAUUUAUCAUCUAGUAGUGACAGUGAUGAUGAAACAACACACCACACAGAGACGCCUGGGAAGGUGGACAUUGCAGGACUUGUAUUUCAAGAAUCUCAAACAGGAAGUCAUGAUCCAGACACAAGGUGGCCUGCCCUUGAUCUUAAGCAUAUUCCUCAAAUCAAGAGGCGUCUUGAUAUCAAAGCACCAUCACCACCUCCUGAUUUAUCUUCUAGUAGUGACAGUGAUGACGAAACAACAAUCCACAUUAAGAAACAGGAGCAAGGACAGAUGAACAUGGCAAGGCUUCCAAGUAAAGUAUCUCAAUCUGUAAGUUAUGACCCACAAACACACUGGCCUGUCAUUAAUCCUGAGCAUACUACACGCGUCAAGAGGCGUCUAGAUAUCAAAGCACCAUCACCAGCUUCUGAUUUAUCAUCUAGUAGUGACAGUGAUGAUGAAACAACACACCACACAGAGACGCCUGGGAAGGUGGACAUUGCAGGACUUGUAUUUCAAGAAUCUCAAACAGGAAGUCAUGAUCCAGACACAAGGUGGCCUGCCCUUGAUCUUAAGCAUAUUCCUCAAAUCAAGAGGCGUCUUGAUAUCAAAGCACCAUCACCUGAUUUAUCUUCUAGUAGUGACAGUGAUGACGAAACAACAAUCCACAUUAAGAAACAGGAGCAAGGACAGAUGAACAUGGCAAGGCUUCCAAGUAAAGUAUCUCAAUCUGUAAGUUAUGACCCACAAACACACUGGCCUGUCCUUGAUCUUGAGCAUACCACGCACAUCAAGAGGCGUCUUGAUAUCAAAGCACCAUCACCAGCUUCUGAUUUAUCUUCUAGUAGUGACAGUGAUGAUGAAACAACACAUCACACAGAGACGCCUGGGAAGGUGGACAUUGCAGGACUUGUAUUUCAAGAAUCUCAAACAGGAAGUCAUGAUCCAGACACAAGGUGGCCUGCCCUUGAUCUUAAGCAUAUUCCUCAAAUCAAGAGGCGUCUAGAUAUCAAAGCACCAUCACCUGAUUUAUCAUCUAGUAGUGACAGUGAUGAUGAAACAACACACCACACAGAGAGGCCUGGGAAGGUGGACAUUGCAGGACUUGUAUUUCAAGAAUCUCAAUCUGUAAGUUAUGACCCACAAACACACUGGCCUGUCCUUGAUCUUGAGCACACCACGCACAUCAAGAGGCGUCUAGAUAUCAAAGCACCAUCACCUGAUUUAUCUUCUAGUAGUGACAGUGAUGACGAAACAACAAUCCACAUUAAGAAACAGGAGCAAGGACAGAUGAACAUGGCAAGGCUUCCAAGUAAAGUAUCUCAAUCUGUAACGUAUAAUAACCCACAAACACACUGGCCUCUCCUUGAUCUUGAGCAUACCACGCACAUCAAGAGGCGUCUUGAUAUCAAAGCACCAUCACCAGCUUCUGAUUUAUCAUCUAGUAGUGACAGUGAUGAUGAAACAACACACCACACAGAGACGCCUGGGAAGGUGGACAUUGCAGGACUUGUAUUUCAAGAAUCUCAAACAGGAAGUCAUGAUCCAGACACAAGGUGGCCUGCCCUUGAUCUUAAGCAUAUUCCUCAAAUCAAGAGGCGUCUUGAUAUCAAAGCACCAUCACCACCUCCUGAUUUAUCUUCUAGUAGUGACAGUGAUGACGAAACAACAAUCCACAUUAAGAAACAGGAGCAAGGACAGAUGAACAUGGCAAGGCUUCCAAGUAAAGUAUCUCAAACUGUAAGUUAUGACCCACAAACACACUGGCCUGCCCUAGAUCUUGAGCAUACCACGCACAUCAAGAGGCGUCUAGAUAUUAAAGCACCAUCACCAGCUUCUGAUUUAUCUUCUAGUCGUGGCAGUGAUGAUGAAACAACACACCACACAAAGAAAGAGAGGCCUGGGGUAGUAGGGAGUGCAGGGCAUUUGUUUCAAGAAUCCCAAAUAGUAAGUCAUGAUCCAGAAACACAGUGGCCUGCCCUAGAUCUUGGUAAUAUAACUCGCAUCAAGAGGCGUUUAGACAUCAAAGCCCCAUCACCACCUCCCGAUUCAAUAAUAAUUGGUGGCAGCAUGAACCAUACAGUGGAAGGAACGACAGAUGAAGCUAUCAAAAUUAGUCAUGGUCAGUUAUCAAACAGCUCAAUUGAGCAAGAGGAGGGUAUGGAAAAUGUAAGAUACCCCCCAACAACAGUCGAACCAGAUUCAAGAUGGCCUAGACUGGAUCUCAGCAGUGCCCUCUAUGUCAAAAGACGCCUGAAUAUCAAGAUAUGUUCACCCCCACCUGAGUCAUCUUCCAGCAGUAAUGAGAGUGAAGGUGGGACAACAAACCUACCUGUGAAAGUUGAGAAGGACAGAACUGAUGUGGGGAUUACAAGUUAUCAACCAGGGAGAAAAUUGCCUGACAUGUCAAAGGCUACUGAAAAGGAGUUUAUUAGCUUGCCGAAGACCCACAUUUCUCGCAGUCCAAAGACAGACCACAAUAUCAAAUUAGAAAAGUAUACAGUUAUUAAAGAAGAAGUGGGAGGGGAAACAAGAAGUGACACACCAGAGAUAAACCCAGAACUUCAGUCACGGUGGGCCACGAUGAAUUUGGGUGUCUCCCGCUUCAGAAAGCGUCUUGAAAUCACAUCGCAUACACAUAAACCACCACAUCUGCCCUCAUCACCUCCACCUGACUCCCCCUCCUCUUCCAGCAGUGAAAGUGGAACUAGGAGUAAAAGCAGCAGGAUAAGGCGAAAGAGAAGGGGAGUUGGAAUGCAAGGAAUCAUACACACAGAAUCAUCUCAGAGUCUCACCAAUAUCCCACAUAUCAGGAGGGCUUUGGAUAUCAGAGCACCGUUACAAAAGGAAUCAUCCAGCAGCAACAGUGAGGAUGAGACAAUAGACCACAGUGGUCCUGACCUGAGUCUUGGUGUCCCACGUGUUAAGAGGCGUCUGGAUGUCAAGGCACCAUUACCAGAGCAAAGUGAUUCCCCAUCUUCCUGCAGCGAGAGCGAAAGCAGACAUGCAUCAAACAUGUCAGGAAUGACAGAUGACGACUCUCUAAUCACAUAUAAGCGUAUAAUUAUGAAAGCUUCAUCGCCACCAAAUAAUUCUAUCUACCCCAGUGGCAAGGGUCAAACUAUUGACCAGACAAAACAAAGACAUAUGGGUGCUGAAAUGCUAACUGUUGCGCAAGAAGGUCCAUUCCAUAGUGUGGGAGACAGAAAUGCAUCUCUUGCCCCAAAGAGAGUUCCCAGUAUUAACUUUGAUGAUGUAGUAAAGAAAAGGACUGAGCAGUCCAGACACACCACGGGUGUGGACCUGCCACCCGAGAUAAGGUGGAUUGGCGUCGGUCGUCAGCUGUCUGACCUUUCCAUCCCCAGUUCUAGGAGACAUCUGGACGUGGGCUUAUCGUCUCCACAGCAUGCUUCAUCUGCAGAGCCAGAACUUUCCCAACCUGUCUCCUCCAAUAUUGAAAGUGAUCACACAAAACAAGACAGAGGAAGAGCAGAUGUGACACUGAUGCACAAACACUCGUCUCUUAGUUCCAACAGUGUUUCUCUUGCAUCCAGCAGACCUGAGGAAAGGAUUGAAAGAAAAGGCCUCAGUGCCCUAAAAGCCAUGUCAUCGUUGAGACGAAAGUGGGAACCAUUGGAUGAAAAUUUAGAUAAGGGUGCAUCUCCUGUUUUGGAUUAUCAAGAUCCACAAAGUGUCACAAGUUUUAACUAUCGCAGGUCUGAGAAGGACAUCAAGCCCCUGGCCAAACAGCCAUUAACACAAUUACAUCUUUCCUCUACUUCAGUAGAUGAGAGAAGAGCUACAGAUUUGUAUGAUAUUCCCCGCUACAGGAGGCAUGACAUUGGAGGUAUUGAACCACCGCAGGGGGCUCCACCUCCUAUUCCAGCAACACCACCACCAUAUGAGUAGCAGGGCUUACAUGGAGGUCUCCACAGAGCAGUAGGACACAAGUGUUGGAAGGCACCAGAUCCUAUCUGCAACAGAGCAAAAACAGAGGAAUAUGACCCUUCUUCACUUGUGCAACAAAACCCGGAAGUUUAUUUUGACUCCUCAAACGUGAACAUUAGUGAAGUUUGA